GAAACCAAACAUUUCUUCACCUUUGUCAACUAUCUCUUCCCCUGUUUCUUUCACACUCCAAAAACCCUAAAAAUAUUUCUGUAAUUAUAUUUUCUGUAUCUAUAAUAAUCAUAAUAACAAAAUCUCAGAAAUUCCUUCAAGUUAAUGGACAAAUUAACCCUUAGUUCUUCUGCAUCUCAUAAACCAAUUUUGGGUUUUACUCAAAACCCAAGAAUUGAUUCCAUAAUAAACCCAAACAAACCCUUUUUUUGUUCUUUCAAGAUUCCAAAAUCCAGAACAAAAUCUCUAGUUUCAGUCUCUGCUUUGGGCUCAAAUUCAUCAAAUAGCAAAUUAAAUGAAGUAGAGAGGCCAGGGAAAGAUUGCUUUGCUAGAAUUUCAUCUUCAAGCACUCAACAUACAACAUCGGUUGGUGCCACCCCACCAAUUACAGCACCCCCACCUUCUCAAGUAGGUUCUCCUCUAUUUUGGGUGGGAGUUGGUGUUGCAUUCUCGGCUGUUUUUUCAUGGACGGCUUCAUACUUAAAGAAAUAUGCUAUGCAACAAGCCUUUAAGACCAUGAUGGGACAGAUGGACACACAAAAUAACCAAUUCGCUAAUGCCGGCUUUUCACCGGGAUCACCCUUUCCGUUUCCAACACCUGCAGCAUCGGGCUCAUCAGGUGGGUCACCUUUUCCUUUCCCAACAUCUGCUGCACCAGGCUCAUCAGGUGGAUCACCCUUUCCUUUUUCAACACCCCCACAAACAAGCUCAGCUUCCACAACAGGACCUGCUUCUGGACGAACAGUGACUUUAGAUGUAAAUCCUACCAAAACAGAUCCUGCACCUGCACCUGCACCCGCACCCACCCCUACAAGUUCCAAAGAUGACUUUGAGUUACCAGAGGAGCCAAAAAAGUCUGCUUUCGUUGACGUGUCUCCUGAUGAAACAUUGAAAACCAGUUUUGAAAAGAUUGAAGAAUCUACUGAUACCAAUUCCCCAAAAGAAUCCCAAUUUACGGAUCAAGCUUCCCAAAAUGGAGCUUCUUUCAAGCCGAUGGAUAAUCCAUUUGAGGGGGCUUCAUCUUCCACAGGCACAAAAGGCCCCGUCAUGUCAGUGGAGGCAUUGGAGAAAAUGAUGGAGGACCCAACUGUACAGAAGAUGGUCUAUCCCUAUCUUCCGGAAGAGAUGAGGAAUCCCACCUCUUUUAAAUGGAUGCUCCAAAACCCACAAUACCGUCAACAAUUGCAAGAUAUGUUGAAUAGCAUGGGGGGAAGCCCUGAAUGGGACAACCGUAUGAUGGAUUCGUUGAAGAAUUUUGAUAUUAGCAGUCCAGAGGUCAAGCAACAGUUUGAUCAAAUCGGACUUACCCCUGAAGAAGUUAUAUCUAAAAUUAUGGCCAAUCCUGAUGUUGCCAUGGCCUUUCAGAACCCGAGAGUUCAAGCUGCCAUCAUGGAUUGUUCUCAAAACCCCAUGAGCAUCAUGAAGUACCAAAACGACAAGGAGGUUAUGGAUGUGUUCAAUAAGAUAUCGGAACUCUUUCCGGGGGUAACAGGUGCACCCUGAUCAUGUUUAUGUUUCAGGUUCUUUCUUCAAAAAUGAGUUUACUUUUCUUCCUUUCGCAACGGAAUGAGUUUAGAGCUGCAGAAGUAAAUCAUCUGUCGCAGCCCGUUAGACAUAGUUCAGUCACAUGAGUUUGGCCCCUGGGUGCAACUGUUAGGAAACAACCAUUGUCCAGCCUUAUUAAAUUUUGUGUAUUAUUUAUAAGCGAUCGUUGUUUAGUACUUAACAGUUAACACUAAAUUUUUUGUGUUCAAACAUAUUAGAUGACACUGGAUAUUCGAAAAUUAGUGGUCUGGUUUGAAACAAAACCUAAAUAGUUUCCUAUAUUUGUAGCUUCCUAUACAUUUUUACGAGACCAAAUAUUUAAUAUGACACUGAUCAUAUCAUUCAUUUA